AUGUAUUAAACUUACAAAUUUAUAUUUCGCCAAUUUUUAUUAAUUAUAAUUUAUAUAGUCGUUAAAAUAUCAAANGCUAGAUGUGGAGCUUCUUUCUCAUUAAAUACCUUCAAAUAAAAUCUAAGAAGAUUUAAUAAUAAAUCUAUCAUAAAAGAAGUUGAAGGUUAUGAAGGCACUGGAGUUAAACUUUCAAUAAAUCAUAAUUAAAGUACAGAACUAUUUUGUAAGUCUAUGUGGAAUGGAGAAUAAGCCAUUAUAUAAGAUUUUAUUGAUGAUACUAUUGGAAGAUCAAUUAGAGUUCUUGUAAUUGGUGGUAAAGCUGUUUCUGUCACUGAAUUCUAAGAUAAUGUGGUAAUUAUUAUCAUCUAAAUCUAGGAUUUUAAAUCUAAUGGAUAUAGUGAUGACUUUUAAAUUCAAUCUAAGAUGGAUUCAGAAAAAAAAUAAGAAUAUUUUAAAAUUGCUGAAAAGGCUUGUGCAGCUAUAGAUCCCCAUUUAACAAUUGGAGGAGUUGAUAUUUUGGAUUCUAGAAAGAAUGGAAUUGUUGUUUUAGAAAUUAAUAGUUGGCCUGAGAUGACAUUCUCAUAAGAUGCUACAGGCCUUCCUCUCUUUGAAUAAUUUGGCUAAGAAUUUAUUGAAAAAAUAAUAUCUAAUAAUAGAGAAAGAACAGACUCAACUUGA